AUGUCCGCUGUCACCGCUGACUUGGACUAUCUGCUCGCGAACCCCAUGGGCCUUGAGAUCAUGCUGCGCAUGGGAUGGGAGCCAGAUCAAACCUCGAGCCCUAAAUCCAGUCCAUCGGCAACAUCGAGUGCGGUCCAAGGUGCAAAGACCUCCUCCGGCGACCAGAAGAACCUCCCAACAGAUGGCGAUCAGCUCGACAGCAUUCCCGACAUCUCCUCGCUCAAUCUGAAGACCGGCGCAGGCCCAGACCAGUCGAAUGGCGAGCAGGCAGGGACGCUCAGCAGGAAGGAACAGAUCGAGAUGCUCAAAACGUACAAAGACUGCAUCGGCAUGUUGAUGGAGUACUACAACGCACGCAGCACAUCCGUCAUCGCACCUGCGCCACCUGGAGACGUCGACCCGAGUGCGGCGGAAGAGGAUAAGCGCAAGACGGGCAAAGCGAAGUUGGAUGUGGCGAAAGAGUUGGCGCUCGACGAGGUCCGGCCAGGCCCGAAGACUCUGACCGGCUUCACCAACUGGCUGUCCGACCUGCGGGACGCACACAUUCGUGCGGCUCCCGGCAAUACUGAGGAGACUUUCCGCAAGCGGGCUCUGGGCUCCUGGCAGGACGAGAAGACUGCUCGGCUCGAUCUGAUCCAGGAGAACGUCGAGGCGUACACGAAGUCGCGCGCUUUGCCCGGCUUUGAAGAUGCUGAGCCGCCUCUCUUCAAGAACGAGAGAAGCAUGAGGGACUAUAUGGGGAUGGACAAGCCGCCAGUCUUUGCUGAGGAUGAGGCAGUUCUUGAGGAUGACGAAGAAGACUCUGACGAUUAA